CAGACUGACCUUGUAAAAGAAGCAAAGCUAGAACUAGUCAGGUGAAUCUUUGGAGAUUUGGUUUUGGAGAUGUUGCCCAGCAAGGCAAAAACAGAAAAGUGACACAAUAAAGAAAAUAAAUCUGGGAAUAGUGAAUGAGUUCUUAUGUAUUUCUCGGUCUACACCACGAUGCAUGCAGAUUAGGGCCAGACAAAACUGUUUAUGUGCCUCUCAGGAUACGACACUGCGUGCAGAGCAGGAUUUGCAAAAGCCGAUGGGCCUGCACCCAUGUGACCACACUGGACUCUCCAGUAAGACCAGUGUCCACACUGUACAUUCCAGUAAGACCAGUGCCCACACUGGACCGUCCAGUAAGGCCAGUAAUACUGACUUUCCAGUAACACCAGUGUCCAGACUGGGUUAAUAAUCCGGUAUAACACUGGUUACUGGUUUCCAGUCUGUCCAGUAUACUGUUUUUUUCAACAGGCCUCCACCCGAGCACCGCCCUGUUACAGGGGGUGAAGGUUUUUUUUUGGCUGGGUUUUUCUCCUUCACCUGAUUGGCGUCACAAUUCCCAGCACUAUUGGCUUUAAUAAAUAUAUCUCAACUUGAAUGGCAUUAAUAAAUAUAUUUUCACUUGUACUUUUUGUGCACGACCCUUCUUUGCAUGUCUCUGCAUGUAAACCGCUCACUUGCUGUAUCGGAAAAAUAUGUGAAGUCGGCCAAAGAAGUCUGCCCAGGCCGAAAAAUAUGCUACGAUAAGCGCGCACGCAGCCCUCCCCCGCCGAUAAUCACGUGGACAACCCUCCGCACACGCGCCGCGCAGGGAAAAAUACGUGCAGGGCUCAGGGCAGGGGGUGCCGUAGUUUCUCAUCGGGCUUGUUUCUAUACGUCUCUCUACUACUUACUAGGCUAUGUUAAUAACAUUUACUAAUUCCACCCUUAUGCAACGCGAUAUACUGUAAUCUUCGAGACGCGUCCCCCGUUUCUGCGUCUGCGUUAUGGCUCGAUUUUUUUUCUCACUUGCUUGGACGCAUAAAUGGCGGUGCAGUUAAUCUCACUGUGCAUAAAAGUGUUUUUUGUACUCAGCGCUUUAGUCAAAUUGCACAUUUAGUGGCUGCGUCCGCCUCUCUGUGUGUGACUUCCGAUUGACACUAAACACAGCAGUGUAUAUAAUCGAAGCACGAAAUGUUAGAUUGCGUCAACAACGUUUUGAACUGCAGGAAAAUCACUUCCACAAAGGUAACCAAACUUGUAACCUCCGGCGCCGACCGUGGGGAGCUCUGGUCCUGUAACCUCCCCCGGAACUUUCACAUGGAGGGCCUGGCCCCCUCCGGGAGGUCUACCCUGCUGACAGUCAAGAUGAAGGUUAUGAGGGAUAUCCGACAAAUCGUAUGCUUAAUGACAAUGGACAUUAAAAAAGAAAAAGAAAGAAAUCCCAUGCACCCCGACUGACCAUGUCGCCAUGCUAUUCAUGGCUCACUUCAUUCGGUGAAACCCAUAUUUUGUAUAGAUUUGUCCUUUACGUGUACCCUGUGCGUUAGAGGAUCCAGAAUUUUUCCUCGGGGUAUAGUGCUCCGGUCUUGGACAACAUGCUAUACACAUGCGCUACCUAAAGUCAAUUGAAGCGCUAUUUAUUGACAGAAAUUUAGGGGAACCAAGCCAUGCUCCCUUCCCCUUAGGUCUAGGCCUGACUCGUAUAUGAACAAAUUUAGAAAUGUGAAAAUCAACCCGGUGUAGCAUUGUUUCUUGAUACUGUCGUUUUACUUGGUUAUUUCGGACUCUCGUCCACGAACUGUCUGCUUGAUAAACCCGUGCUUUUUUAAUUAAACUAUCUAAAUUAGAAAAUACAUUUCCUUUGUAGGGAACAUACUAUCUCGAUUGUUAUCUAACUUAGGGAGCGAUCACUGUUAUCGUGUUUUCUGUACCACCGCUGGCUGCAUCGCUCUCAGAUUGCGAUAACAUAAUCAUGUAUGCCUUCUCGGAACGUGGUGUGGGUGGUGCGCACACGUGGUUGUGAUGUCAUGUAUGGGCGGUACUUUUGGUAUAAAAGCAAAGCUGCGCGCGCAGCACGGGGAGAGAGGCUUCCCUGGGCCUAUCCGGCUUGGCACGCAGACAGCUGCUCCGGGCGUUGGUGUGGUCAGAGAACGGUGGGCUGAACUGGAUCCGGUAUGGCAAUAAACUGUUGUCCGUUUGCUUAUUCUUGUGUCCUUCUUCAACGGCAGAAUGGACAGGGGAACCCGCGAGUGGGAUAAAUAUGCCCACAAGUGGCGCCCAACGUGGGGCUCGGCUCCCAAUCGCCUGAGUCUGCAGGCUAUGAACGCUGCACUGACUUCGGAAGGCGAUGGGGGAGAAUCGGCUCUGUGGACGGGCCCUGUCUAUCUGGUUGGAGAAGGGUUUGGUUCUUCUUUUCUUGUGGUUGUUUAACCGGUGACCCUCAAGCGGCUACGCCGCGUGUUUAUUGUUCGUUCUCUAGCACCCACUUCGGAUCCUGGAGCACUGAUUGCCCCGUGUGCCAUUCCUUGGUUGCGGCGCACAGAGCCUGAUUACGAGCCUAUCCGACUCGCGAUCCUGAGGAAGCCAGGUCUCACCACAGGUCUUGACAUGUCGCCAGCCCCAAGAGCAGGACCAGCUGCAGCCAGGACGAGAACUUCGAACAGGCAUGAUGACUCCCGGCGUGAUCGUGGGAACGGCGCCUGCCCAGGUGGACAACGUGGCUCAGGAGGAGCGCCUGUACACGCUCGACGGCAACCUGGACCGUGGUAGCUGAUGGUCGACCGAUAUCCUGGGCUUCCUCCGCUAAAUGGUCUUCCCAGCAACGGCCGCUUCGCGGCGACGGCCCGCAGCGUGUGUUGCCCCCUUUCAACGGUCUCACGCUCGAAGACCCCCCCCCCCCCCAACGACCCUCCAGUUCCCCACACCGAAGAGGAGCAACGCUUGCUGUGCCCUACAUGCAUGGUCCCAGAAAUUCAUCGGGGAGCUCACCGUCGUGGAUCUCUGCACCGCAUUAGGACAGAAGCUGCGCGUCAUGCCAGGACCGCCGCUGACGACGUGGAUGCAGCUAUCGCCGUAUUAGCACGACAUCGCCCUGAACUUUUGCGCCAAGUGAACAAGCACCACCACGGAGACGACAUGCUCAUAGACAUCCCCGACGUUUAAUAUGACAUUUCACCCGAACUGUUUGUGCACCACCGUACUCUGCGUUCGUUGUUGAUCUUCUGUUUUGUUGAUUUACCCAGCCUAUAUUUUUGACGUUGUGUUCAGUUUGGGGGCAGGGGCAUGUAGGGAACAUACUAUCUCGAUUGUUAUCUAACUUAGGAAGCGGUCAGUGUUAUCGUGUUUUCUGUACCACCGCUGGCUGCACCGCUGUCAUAUUGCGAUAAUAUAAUCAUGUAUGCCUUCUCGGAACGUGGUGUGGGUGGUGCGCAUACGUGGUUGUGAUGUCAUGUAUGGGCGGUACUUUUGGUAUAAAAGCAAAUCUGCGCGCGCAGCACGGGGAGAAAGGCUUCCCUGGGCCUAUCCGGCUUGGCACGCAGACAGCUGCUCCGGGCGUUGGUGUGGUCAGAGAACGGUGGGCUGAACUGGAUCCGGUAUGGCAAUAAACUGUUGUCCGUUUGCUUAUUCUUGUGUCCUCUUCAACGGCAGAAUGGACAGGGGAACCCGCGAGUGGGAUAAAUAUGCCCACACCUUAUAACACCUUAUUGAAUGCGAUGUAUUCCUGGAAUCAGUCAUCCGGGUUUCUCUCUGCAGCGCGUGACGGACUCAGAUGGUGGGGACAUUCUCGUACGGAAUGAUGAUCGCGAUGUUCAUUCUGUGAUGAAGUUGCCUCUUGAUAUAAAGAGUUUUUUUCUUUCUUUCCUUUUUCUGUCACCGUUGGAAUCUGUGUUCAUCGUCAGGUUUGGUUUGGCUAACCUAAACCUAACCGAACCCAACCUAACCUAGCCUGAAGUGUCACGAUCGAGGAAUCCCGAACGUGCUAUAGGCAUUUGUGUGGAAGACUUCACACUAGCAUGUUUGUGUUCUUUCUCCCAAUUUUUACUCCGUGUCUGCCAAUGCACUCCUCGAAGUUGCUAUCAUCUUUUGCGGGCGGUGCCAAUACCAUUGCUCUUUCGUUGCUCUUUCAGCUGAGAGCUGAAGCUCCAGUUCGCCAUAAUAACUGGACGGUCUAUGGGACAGCCACAAUAUUAUUCCCGGGAAUUCAUGUUUUUGGUCCUGUUGAUUUGUACAAUCCGCAGGAAAAAAUUAAAAUUUCGUUCACCGACAGCGGCGCGCCAAUUAGAGAUCCGGCGGCGGCAGCAGCGCGCAGAUUCAGACGACUCGACGGCGGCGGCGAGCAAAAAGUUUCCGGCGGCGGCGGUGUGGCGGCGCACACCUCUACCGGGCCCAGGGGGAGUCGGACUUGCUAAGAAAAGUGUACCCUCGCGGGUGGCGGGCGCUGACAUUUUGGGAGGCAUAAACAGGGUUGCCUUUGGCUGCGCGAUUCACCGCCAAGUUUGACUUUCUCGUCUCUUUUUUCAAAGCUCCUUCAAAUGUUACAAAUCUGUGAAUGUUUUGGUAAAAUGUGCAAAAUUGGGAAAUAAAGUGUUUAUAAAAGUCGAUAAAAGUCUUCAAGUGCAGUUCCUGAGUGCUGUCAAAGUGCGAUAUUCUCUGGCUCAAUCGAGCACCAGCAGGGAACUGGCAUGUAGUUUCGCUUUCGCAUCGCAUUGUCAGACGCGGACGCUGCAGUUACACAGCUUGAAAGAUGCCCAGCUGUUGUGUAAAAUGUAAAAUGAGGCAGAGUAAACCCUGUGGGGUGUCAUUUCACAAGGAAGUGUCCACUGGGUCCAGGCACUACUAUUUUCUGUAGCGUACCCCAGUCGGCUGUAAACGUUGUUCACUCCAAGGCAAACAAAACUUGUCGAAACUUACGGCACGAUCUUGAGAUACAUAUUAUCGCAGUUUUCCGCGGGAUCCACACCUGCUUUCCCGAUGGCUGGAAGCACUUGACAUGCAAUCACUCGUUCCUACACGCGGUCAAAGAGUAUGCUCUAGGCACUUCCACACUUCUAGCUUUAUCGCUGGUCAUCAGACAGCAAAACUGAAGGCAUAUGCGGUCCCGAUGGCAGUAAGGCCAGAAACUGCUGAGGUAUCCGGCUACUCUUUAUUACUUUUAAAAUGAUACAAAAGGAGAUGAUAAUGGAAUAACCUUUCAGAGCCAAGUAACAGCCAGCCAGCCUGAUGAAAGUGUUGCUGACAGUUUCCCUGCGUGUUUCCCAGGAAAUGCAUGAAACCAGUGCUGAGCAAGCAGAGCCCGGCCUCCCACCUCCAGCUGUUCCACUGCCUGAGAUGCCCGAAGCAAGUGCUGCGGAAGCAGAGACUACCAGCCCCCCUCAACCUGUUCCACUGCCUGUAAGAACGGCUUGGCCAGGAGUUCAUACAUCUGCUUCCAUGCUUUCCUAUUUGACCAUGAGCACCAUCCCCACUGUGAGCUGCCACAAAAGCGGAAAGCAGAGUGUCAGCAGGAAAGCCCAGGCCCCAAAACACAAUGACUUGAGGACAUUUCUCUAGAUGCUUUGUCCCCUGACCCCAGAGCAGGGCAGCAGCAACCGGAAACAUGCAACGAAACCACGCCUAUACGACAACCGGUGUCUGUGAGCAACACAGAUACUAAGGGCAGCCCGAUCACACCGAAGGGUCACAAGGAGCACACCUACCACAGCAAAACAACGCCAGGAAUAGGAAUGAGACAACUUCGAGAGAAGAACCAGUACCUGCUGCGUGGUGUCCGUCGACGGCUGCAACUGACCCUGAAAAGGAGAGAAAAGAAAAUAAAAAAAUUAAAAAGCCUCAUUGCUGAACUGAAGGAAAAGAACUUGUUGGCGGAGCAGGCCCAAACAAAACUGGAGUCCUUUGGAGAACUGC